AUGCCGCCCCUCCUGACAACCAGCUGGCGGGCGCCGCACCCGCAGGGCGAGGCGGACGGCCUGAUCCGGCUGGCCGGCGGCAGCGUGGCCUGCCCCGGCGCGCCCGCGGCGCUGCAGCAGGUGGCUCGCAUGGCUGCUGCGGGCGAGCUGGAUGGCCUGGUGGUGGAGGUGCCCGGGGCCCAGGACCCCAGCCGCGCCGCGCAGGCGUUUGCGCCGCAGGACGGCGGCUGCGAGGACGAGGGCUGCUGCCCGGGCGACGAAGGGCCCAAGCACGAUCACCCCCACAACCAUGGCGGCGGAAGCAGCGGCGACGACGGCGACGCAUCGGGGCAGCACGGGGAGGGACGCGGCGGCGGGCAGCACGAGGAGCGGUUUGAGGAGGGAGAAGAGGACGAUGACGGCGGCCCCGCGGGCGCUUGGGUGUCGGCCGUGGCGCGCGCGCUGCGCGGCGUGGCCGCUCUGGACGCUUGCGUCACUGUGAUGGGGGCCGCGGAGCUGCUGGGGGGCCUGCAGGGCCUGGAACUCGCAUCCGCUGACGGCGCUGGCGGCAGCGCUGGCGGGGAGGUUGAAGGGGAGGACGGCUGCGAGGCGGUGGGGCCGCCGCGGCACGCGUCAGAGGUGGUCCUUGACCAGGUGGAGUUUGCUGAUGUCAUCGUGCUGGACACCAGUGACGUCACGCAGGACGCCGCGGGUGACAGCGUCGAGCAACAUCUGGAGCAGGCUGAGGCCUUGCUGCGCGCCCUCAACCCGGGCGCCGACGUCAUCGCCGCCCCCGGCGCACGCGCCCCGCGCGCGCGCCUGCUGUCGACCGGCCGCUUCGACUGGGAGCGCACGCAAAAGGGCGCCGGCUGGCUGCGCGCCCUGGAGGGCGCCGGCCGCACCGCCCCGCAGCAGCAGGCGCCAGCGGCGGCGGCGACUGGCGGGGGCUGCUGUUCCUUCGUGUACCGCGCGCGCUGGCCGUUCCACCCGGGGCGCCUGCACGACUUCUGCACCCGCUACUUUGUCCUGCGGGAGCGCGACUGGGGCGGCGACGAUGGCGGCGGCGGCGGCGGCGGCGGCGGCGACGGGUCUGACGAUGCAGAGGCCGAGGCCAGCGGCGGCGGAAGCGGCGCGCAAGAAGGGCUGCCCGCGGAUGCGCGUCGCGGAGCGCGCGGCGCCGCGUUUGGCCGCGUUGUGCGUUCCAAGGGCUUCGCUUGGCUGGCGACGCGCGGGGACCACAUGGGAGAAUGGAGCCAGGCGGGGGAUGUGCUCAGCUUCUCGACAGCUGCAUGCUGA